AUGGCUGUCCUGACUUACACCGACGAGUGCACCUCCCCCAUCCCUCCAGCGAGGGCCUUCAAGGCGUGGAUCCUCGAUGCCGACAACUUGAUCCCCAAGCUUAUGCCGGAGGCCUUCAAGAGCGUUGAGGUCCUACAAGGCGAUGGCUCGGCUGGAACCAUCAAGCAGAUCAACUUCGCCGAAGGUGGUCCGUUCAAGUGUGUGAAGCACAGGGUUGAUGAGAUCAGUAAAACGGAAUACAAGUACUGCUACACUCUGGUUGAGGGCGAUGUCUUGGUGGGUAAGUUUGAGAAGAUCUGUUACGAGAUUCAGCUAGUGGCCUCGCCCGAUGGCGGCACGAUUUCCAAGACAAUCGUCAGGUACUACCCCUUGGCGGGUGCUGUGAUAAACGAAGAGGAGAUCAAGGCUGGCAUGGAGAAGGCUGGAGGAAUGUUCAAAGUUGUGGACGACUACCUCGUCCAAAACCCAACUGCCUACGCUUAA